GUCAUCAGAAUUGUACUCUGCUCCGUUGUGUAUCUUACUUUGUAGGUGUGGACUUUUUAUCGUGAAUUUUUAAUCUAAAAUAUGAUUUACGAUGCUUUAUUUAUCUCUAAGAUAGUGUAGCUGAGUCUAAUGGCUGUCGGGGUACAUUUUUACAUUUCUAAACAUGUGUUUUAACCCUGAUUUUCAGAUUCCUAAAGUAAUGCUGGUGUGUUUGUUUUGAGACUUUCGUGUAAAAUGGCGCAUAACUUAGCACCCAGCGUAAAUUGUGGAUUAGACGACAUUGAUCUGAAUGCUCUGAAGGAGCCAGCAGGUAUAUUCGAAUUAAUAGAAGUAGUAGGAAAUGGUACCUAUGGCCAAGUAUACAAAGGACGUCACACGAAGACAGGCCAGCUUGCUGCCAUCAAAGUCAUGGAUGUCACGGAGGAAGAGGAGGAAGAAAUAAAGUUGGAGAUUAACGUGUUAAAAAAGUACUCAAAUCACCGCAACAUUGCCACAUAUUAUGGUGCGUUCAUCAAAAAGAAGAGUAAUGCUGGCAAAGAUGACCAGUUGUGGUUGGUCAUGGAGUAUUGCGGUGCUGGAUCGGUCACUGAUCUCGUCAAAUCCACAAAAGGUCAAUCACUUAAAGAGGAAUGGAUCGCAUAUAUUUCAAGAGAAAUCUUGCGAGGCUUAAGUUACUUGCACAGCAACAAAGUCAUCCACCGUGAUAUCAAAGGCCAAAAUGUCUUGUUAACUGACAAUGCUGAAGUCAAAUUAGUCGAUUUUGGUGUGAGUGCUCAGCUAGAUAGAACAAUUGGGCGUCGUAACACAUUCAUUGGCACACCGUAUUGGAUGGCUCCUGAAGUCAUUGCCUGUGAUGAAAAUCCAGAUGCCACCUAUGAUAACCGUAGUGAUCUUUGGAGUCUUGGUAUCACUGCUCUGGAGAUGGCAGAAUCUCAACCCCCUCUGUGUGAUCUUCAUCCAAUGAGAGCGCUGUUUCUCAUUCCAAGAAACACUCCACCAAGAUUAAAGUCAAGGAAAUGGUCCAAAAAGUUUCAAGGGUUUAUUGAAACAGUCUUAGUCAAAGACUACCAUCAAAGACCUUACACAGAACAACUGUUAAAACAUCCAUUUAUCAAAGACCAGCCCACAGAACGACAAGUUAGAAUUCAGCUGAAAGACCAUAUAGAUCGCUGUAAAAAGCGUAAACAGGAGAAAGAACGGGAAGAUUAUCGAUACAGUGGCUCAGAGAAUGAGGAGGAAGACAACGCUUUAGCAGGAGAACCCUCCUCAAUCGUUCAAGCUCCUGGUGACAACACUUUACGACGCAACUUCUUGCAAAUCCAAGAAGGCAGAACACUGUCGCAAGUAGAGAAUAAUAUGAAAGAGUCGAAACAUCAUGGAAAAGAGCGACGGGAUAGAGAGGAAAUCCCAGAGCCUGGACCUCCGGCAAGACCGCCAAUACCUCAGAGACUGAUAGUUGUGCCAGAUCCUCAUCCGCCAAGUCGACCAUUACCUCCCCCUCCGCGGGAGGAUAGGCCGAAACAAGCUCCUCAACCACAACAGAGAAAUUCUCACGUGUUCAAACCUAUGCUGCCUCCGAGUAGACCAGAGGAUUUGGACAUGAUCGCUGCUCAGCUGAAUGAGCUUGGGGUCCGGCAAGUCAAUCAAGGAAAACCUGCGCAGAACGGACAAAGUAAGCAUGGAGCAGAUGGAGCCUCGAGCAAACAGCAACCAAGUGCCAAUAUUCUUGACUCAGAAUCCGAUGAUGAUGAUGAUGACGAUGAGAUCGGGGAAAGCGUUGGUGUGAGUGACCUUCGAAGGCCCAACGAUGGAACCCUUUUGGCUAGUGAUCCGCCAAAACCUUUCAUGGAAUUUUCUUACAGGCCAUCUGAUACAUUACUACUCCACAUGGAAGGUGGUGCUCCUUCCUCCUCGGCUGUUAGUGGAGGUCAUGCUCCAAACCGGCCUCUACCACCAACACCCGAUGAAGAGGGAAGUGUUAGUGAUCGAACGUUAGUCAUGCGAAGGAUGCAGGAACAUGCCAAAAAGAACACCUCUGAUUCCGACCUAGAGCUGCUGGAAGAGUAUGGAAUGGCAAAAAUUUUAAAUGGAUCAUCAUUCCUCCAAAGUUCUGAGUUGAAAAAGAAGAAAACUUCCAUGGAUGACAAGAAGAAGAAGGAAUUGUUAGUUGCUAGUAGACAAAGAGACCUGAAGGGAAUCCUGGACAGAGAGCUGCAGAAAAGAGGAGAGGAGCGCCAAGCAGUUAGUCACAAAAGAAAUGGCUCAGACGUUACCGCUCAUAGAAUUCGCCGAGAACGUUCCGACUUCUUUGUGCCGUCUGUACGUCACUCGGCUGUCUUCUUAGAAACCAAAAAUGUACUUUCACCGCACAUAGAUGAAAAUGCAAGGGGCUCUAGCACGGCUAGUUUUAGGAGUAGGAAUGAAGCAUCCUCAUUUUCAAACGCUAGUGCAAGUAACUUCCCGAAGAAUGACUCGAUUGAAUGGAAGCCGAUGCGUCCGCGCCGUGAAAGGACGGACGGUGCAAUAGUCGUGCAACGCAGUCGGCAAGAGUUGAGGAAUAAUUUGACUGAGCGGCAGUUAGACUUUGAGUCAAGGUUCAAUCGGGAGGCAGAGCGUAUGCGCAACCAAGCAAACGCAGUGUCAUUGUCCCGAAACGACUCACUGUCCCUCUCUUCUGCCUCCACUCUAAAUAUUUCCCAGAAUCGUGAAGACCGGCGGAACGACUUCAGCCACGACUUUUCUGGUGGCAACUCCUCUCGCACGAGCUCUGUUUUACCCGAUCUUUUAACUCAGACUUCAAGUCCUGGAGCUGGAUCGCGUCAAGACAAAUCAACCAGUGAAGAGUAUCGUGCGGCUGUGUCAUCGAUCCCCUCCGCUCUUCUUUUCCAACAGAAGCAACGUUCAUUCCUUACUUUCGGCUUUGGAGCCGGCUCAGGGGCAAGUGCCGCCAGCCGGCGCGAGUCCCACGUCAACGUCAAUGUAACGCCUACCUCACACGACAUAAGCUCAGACACACCUGAAAUCCGCAAAUAUAAGAAGCGUUUUAAUAGUGAGAUUUUAUGCGCUGCACUCUGGGGCGUGAACCUUCUAAUAGGCACUGAAAAUGGAUUAGUGUUACUAGAUCGUAGUGGUCAAGGCAAAGUGUAUCAGCUCAUCUCUCGACGCCGCUUCCAGCAAAUGGAAGUUCUCGAAGGACAGAACAUUCUUGUUACUGUUUCAGGCAAUAAAAAUAGAGUCCGUGUCUACUAUCUCUCUUGGUUGAAGUCAAAAAUUCUUCGCACAGAAGGCCAAGUGGAGCGUAGAAAUGGGUGGAUAAAUGUUGGUGAUCUUCAAGGUGCUGUGCAUUUUAAAAUAGUCAAGUAUGAAAGGAUCAAAUUUCUGGUCAUUGCUCUCAAGGAUAGUAUUGAAAUUUAUGCAUGGGCGCCCAAACCGUAUCACAAAUUUAUGGCCUUCAAGUCAUUUGGAGAACUAGCUCACAGGCCACUAUUAGUUGAUCUGACCGUAGAAGAAGGCACUAGACUAAAAGUCAUCUAUGGCUCUGCCGAUGGAUUUCACGCCGUCGAUUUGGACUCUGCAUCUGUUUAUGAUAUUUAUCUUCCUAAACAUACGCAAGGUCCAAUCACACCACACUGUAUUGUAGCGCUUCCAAAUUCCAAUGGAAUGCAACUACUUUUGUGUUAUGAUAAUGAAGGUGUUUAUGUGAAUACAUACGGAAAGGUCUCCAAAAAUAUUGUUCUACAAUGGGGAGAAAUGCCUACAUCGGUAGCAUACAUUGGAACUGGUCAAAUCAUGGGCUGGGGCAACAAAGCAAUAGAAAUUCGAAGUGUUGAGACAGGGCAUUUAGAUGGUGUCUUCAUGCACAAGAAAGCUCAACGUCUUAAAUUCCUUUGUGAGAGAAACGACAAGGUGUUCUUCUCAUCAGCAAAACGGAAUUCAUCGUGUCAAAUCUACUUCAUGACACUGAACAAACCAGGAAUGGCUAAUUGGUGAUACAUCUGUUUCACAUUGUCUCUUCUGUCCUAUCAUAUUGUAAACAAAAUAGCGGACUGCUAUGGUCUCUGUUUAUAUAUUUUUAUCAGGUCAGAAACUGAUAGGAAUACAAAAAGCAUUAUUGCUUCCCGUUUUUUGUAUUGUGCGCAACCAGCAGAAGUGAACUCAUUUGCAGGUGCUAGCUUUGUUGUCUGAAUUUAAUAGAAUUUUAAAAGUAAAUUUGUAAGUAUCGAAAACUUUUGACCCUAAGCUUUUUAUGAGGAUGUAUUACGAAGGUGCAUCAAGCAGAAUACAAUCUAUUUUCUAGAAGCUGUUCAUUCAUGAUGUCUGAAAGAGUUCAGUUACUCUUAUUCAUAUUUCUCCACAAUCAUAAAGUGACUAGAAACUUUUGAAACAUUGCCGCAAUUUCAGCUUAUUCAGCGCAUCUAAUAGAUAUGUGAGGAGAAUGAAGAAUCGGGAUGUAAUGUAAAAGCUCUUUUCUUUUAAACAUUGCUGUAUUGCUUUCACCUUUUUAUUCUUCGAUGUGUAAAACUAUCGCAAUGAGCUUACAAGCAGUUCUUUGUCUAUUACCACAUCCAAGAUUGCGUGGAAUUUCUCUAAGGGGGCCUCAUGCUUGGUGCUCAAAUUUUUUAACCUAAAGUGGAAAAAUAAUUAGAAUUAUUCAAGAAAA